GCACUGCGCCGCUCCGAUUCACCAACACAUUACGGCACAAACAGUGCGCACUCACAUCAGACCCGGACGUGGAGCGCGCCGACCGUAACGUCCGCCUCCAGGUGAGGUCAAACGCAGCGGAAAAGGGAAGCGCAUUGUUGACAGGUGGACGAAAAAAACUAUAUAUGUUCGAGCUGCGACAUUUGGAGAGAUGGAUGUGAACAAAACGGUGUUAUGUGAGAGCCUGAUUAUUUGGCUGCAAACGUUUAACACUGCAGCACCAUGUACGACCUUGGCGGAUCUGACCACAGGUGCUGCUAUGGCACAGGCUCUGCAUCAGAUAGAUCCGUCCUGGUUCAGUGACAGCUGGCUGACGCGGAUUAAGGAUGAUGUUGGGGAUAACCUGAGACUCAAGUUGAACAACCUCAAGAAGAUCUUGCAGAUGAUUGUUGAUUACUAUAACGAGGUACUGAAUCAGCAGAUCUCAGGCUUCCCAAUGCCUGAUGUGGUGCGCGUGGCAGAACUCUCCGACCCCGUGGAGCUUGGGCGCCUUCUGCAACUCCUCCUCGGCUGUGCAGUAAACUGUGAUCGGAAACAAGAAUAUAUCCAGAUCAUAAUGACUCUGGAGGAAUCUGUGCAGCAUGUAGUCAUGACAGCCAUUCAGGAGCUAAUGAGUAAAGAGUCCAUGACGCAGAUUGGGACGGAGCCACAGGGGGACGUCGAACAACAGCUGAAGAAAGCUCUGGAAGACUUGACCGAGCUGAUGGCAGAGAAAGAUGAGCUAGCUCAACGCUGCCAAGAGCUCGACAUCCAGGUGGCAAUUCUGCAGGAAGAGCGGAAUAGCCUCCUAGCGGAGAACGAUGUCCUGACGGAUCGAACCAAUCAGUUGGAUUCCUUUGACGAUCCCAGCACUCCAUCUGGGAAGAAACACAGUCAGCUCCAGCUGCAGAUAGAACAGCUCCAAGAAGAGAACUUCAGACUGGAGGCAGCCAAAGAUGAUUACCGUAUUCACUGUGAGGAGCUGGAGAAACAGCUGGUCGAGCUUCAGCAUCGUAACGAUGAACUGACCAGCCUGGCCGAGGAGUCUCGUUCGCUGAAGGACGAGCUUGACAUACUGAGGAGCUGCUCUGACCGGGCAGUGAAACUUGAAGCCUCUGUGGAGACGUACAGGAAGAAGCUGGAGGAUCUUGGCGACCUGAGACGACAGAUGAAGGCUCUGGAAGAGAAGAACGUGACUUAUAUGCACAACACUGUCAGUCUGGAGGAGGAGCUUCGCAAAGCCAACGCUGCUCGUGCCCAGCUAGAGACGUACAAGAGACAGGUUCAGGAGCUUCACAGGAAGUUGUCAGAAGAGACUCGCAGAGCCGAUAAUCUGGCCUUCGAGAUGAAAGAGUUUGAAGAAAAGCAUGAAGCCGUACUGAAAGAGAAAGAGAGGAUCAUCAUUGAGCGAGACUCUUUAAAAGAGACCAAUGAGGAGCUUCGCUGUGCACAAGCUCAACAAGACCAGCUUCUGCAAGCAGAAAUGUAUAAGACUGGGAGUCCGAGCCGGGACAACUUGGCCGCUGAGAUGUUGCCCACUGAGUACAGAGAGAAGUUCAUUCGUUUGCAGCAUGAGAACAAGAUGCUGCGAGUGCAGCAGGAAGACUCUGAGAACGGGCGCAUCACUGAGCUCCAGAUGCAGCUGGAGGAGGCAAGGCGUUCACGCAGUGAGCUCGAAACUGAGAACAGGCUGAACAGAGAGCGCAUCAGUGAGCUGCAGCAGCAGGUUGAAGAUUUGCAGAAAGCUCUCCAGACCCAGGGAGCCAAACCUGACGAUUCUCACCUGAAGAGGAAGCUGGAUGCUCAUAUGGUGCAGCUGAAUGAAGCACAAGAUGAGAUCAUGAAGAAGAAGGAGCUACUGGAGGACCUACAGCCAGAUGUGUCUCAAUCCUCACUGAAGGUGGAUGAGCUGAUGGCUGCUCUGAAGAAGAAGGACGAUGACAUGAGAGCGAUGGAGGACAGAUACAAAAUGUACCUGGAGAAAGCACGCAAUGUGAUCCGUGCACUGGACCCAAAAUUGAACCCAGCCUCAGCUGAAAUCCAGUCACUGAAGAACCAGCUGUCAGAGAAGGAGAAGAGAAUAAUUUCUCUUGAGAGAGAGUGUGAGCAGGCGAAGCUCAAAGAGUAUGAGGAGAAGCUGAUAGUGACUGCAUGGUACAAUAAGAGCCUGAAUUUUCAAAAGUUGGCGAUCGAGUCUCGUCUGAGCGGCUGCUCUAACUCUCUGGUGCCACCUGGUCAGUCCUUCUUGGCCCAGCAGCGUCAGGUGACCAACGCACGCCGAACCAUGUCAAUCAACGUGCCUGCCAGCUCCUCCAAGUGAUAACAUGACCUUCCCUCUACUCACUAUACCUGGUUUUCCCUUUUCUCAAGUGCACACUUAAGUGACCUUAAACACCUUGAACUCCUAAAUAAAGGGACAAGAGCGCCAUAAUGUGAACGUUAGCACUUAGGAACCCCCCCAAAUAAAUAUAAAUAUAUUUAUAUAUAUAUACACACACAAACAAUCAAGCAAGGAUUUAACAGUUACCAAGCACAGUAACUUGAAUUUUACAGGAUAUUACACUUUAAUUACACCAUGCGCACUACAGCCUCUGAAAUUAGUAACAUAAGACAAACUUAAACAGCUGUAUUACUGGCUUGUUUAUGAUUAUUUCAGAGAGAGACACAUAUCACGAUCUUUUGUUCUUGGGUUUAGGAUGCAUGACGAAGGCUAAACUGGACUUCCGAUAGUAUUCUAUGCAGUCAGGUAACGUGUAUGAUUAUAAGUAUGAAUACUAACUACUAUUCCCCUCAAUGUGUAUCUGUUUAGAGAGAUGUGUGUAUAUCGACAUUGCAUUUAAUCUCUCAGCUUCCAUGCAUGUUCACAAAAUCAGCUAUGAUAAUGGAUAAACGAUCAGGAAAUACGCAUACAUGGUGCUGGACACCAAAUGCUCAAUUUUUUUUCUACUACCUAAAUGUCUACUUUUCUUAUAAACAAAUGCAAACCAGAAACAAUUACCAAUCACAGAAAUGAAAAUGUAGGUGCUAUAUCCAGUCUUUAAUUAAUUAGAGUAAGCUGUCUGUACCGUUUUAUUUAUUGAAUACAGAAUUUGACUGUGAUUGGACUUUUGUGUGCUCUUAUGAACAGCAGCAAAACCUUUUUGCCUCUUCUAUAUUUGAUCCGGGCUGUACAAGCGUACAAGCAUCAGAUAUCAGGAUUAAAACACCAGCUCACGGUCAUGGCAUCCCAGCCCAGUCGUUCUAUUAUAGGAUGAAAUGCUGUGACCCAUUUUUCUGCUUGCAUUCUGGCUAGUUUUUUUUUUUUUUUUGUCUUCUUUUUUAUGGAAAACAUUUGUGACCAGUAAAUGAUUCUUUGCUGCAGUAUAGAUUUGUAAGGACUGUAGGUCAGUCAGAGGGUCAGAAUAAUUUGAUGUUGCAUCAUACAAGUGUGAUUAGUUUUUGUUGGAAAAUAUUUAGCCAGUGUUCCUCAAUAGAGAUGCUUCACACUUUUGCCCUCAGCAAUCAAGAUCAUCUGGAUGAGGGAUGAAAGUGGGUGCAGCCUGUGGGUGUAACGCAACACUGGUUUAAUAAACACUACUUUUGGUUCCGUUUACACUCUUAAUGAUUAGUUUCUUUAAUAGUCUCUUACUCUUUAAUUUGCUUUCUAUUUUAAUUAUUAUUAUUAUUAUUAUUGUACUGAAUAUUAGAUUUUUAUCCUUUCCUGGAAAAUAUGAUGAAACAUUGAUAAAUUCAGAUACUUAUGUAAAACACUAAAAAGCUUGACCUUGAUUAGUAAGUGUUACAUGUUUUUGUCAAACAUAAAGCUUAAUAAAGGAAAAAGAAAUGGCUAUAAUAAUAAUCUAUGGAUAUCUAAAUCUUGGUUUUCUGCACUAAAAUAAA